AUGAAGCAUUAUCUAUUAACCCUAAAUAUGUUUAUGCAUUGUGCAAUAAAGGUAAUUAAUAAUUAAAUAUUAAUAUUUAGGUGAUGCAUUAAUAGAAUUGAAUCGAUAUCAAGAAGCUAUUGAAUGUUACAAUGAAGCAUUAUCUAUUAACCCUAAAUAUGUUGAUGCAUGGUAUAACAAGGGUACUCUAUAAAUAAAUAUUAUUAUAUAGGUAACACAUUAUAAAAAUUGAAUCAAUAUGAAGAAGCGAUUGAAUCUUACAAUGAAGCAAUAUCUAUUAACCCUAAAUAUGUCAAUGCGUGGAAUGACAAGGGUAAAUAAUUGUUAAACUUGAAUAUUUAGGUCUCUCAUUAUACAAUUUAAAUCUAUACUAAGAAUCAAUUGAAUGUUACAAUGAAGCAAUAUCUAUUAACGCUAAAUAUCUUAAUGCAUGGAAUGGCAAGGGUAAUCUAUCAUUUAUUAUUACUACAUAGGUAAUGCAUUAUUCAAUUUGACUCAAUAUGAAGAAGCGAUUGAAUGUUACAAUGAAGCAAUAUCUAUUAACCCUAAAUAUGUUUAUGCAUGGUGCAAUAAAGGUAAUUAAUAAUUAAAUAUUAAUAUUUAGGUGAUGCAUUAUAAGAAUUGAAUCGAUAUCAAGAAGCGAUUGAAUGUUACAAUGAAGCAAUAUCUAUUAACAUUAAAUAUCUCAAUGCAUGGUAUAACAAGGGUAAUUUGGUGUUAAGUAUUAUUAUUAAGGUCUUGCAUUAUACAAUUUGAAUCAAUAUGAUGAAGCGAUUGAAUGUUACAAUGAAGCAUUAUCUAUUAACCCUAAAUAUGUUGAUGCAUGGUAUAACAAGGGUACUCUAUAAAUAAAUAUUAUUAUAUAGGUAACACAUUACAAAAAUUGAAUCAAUAUCAAGAAGCUAUUGAAUGUUACAAUGAAGCAAUAUCUAUUAACCCUAAAUAUUUUGCUGCAUGGCAUAAUAAGGGUAAUUUGGUGUUAUAUAUUAUUAUUUAGGUCUUGCAUUAUACAAUUUGAAUCAAUAUGAAGAAGCAAUGGAAUGUUACAAUGAAGCAUUAUCUAUUAACCCUAAAUAUGAUUAUACAUGGUUCAACAAAGGUAAUUAAUAAUUAAAUAUUAAUAUUUAGGUGAUGCAUUACAAAAAUUGAAUCAAUAUGAAGAAGCUAUUGAAUGUUACAAUGAAGCAAUAUCUAUUAACCCUAAAUAUUUCAAUGCAUGGAAUGGCAAGGGUAAUCUAUCAUUUAAUGUUACUACAUAGGUAAUGCAUUAUUCAAUUUGAAUCAAUAUGAAGAAGCGAUUGAAUGUUAUAAUGAGGCAUUAUCUAUUAACCCCAAAGAUGUUGAUGCAUGGUAUAACAAGGGUAAUCUAUUAAUAAAAAUUAUUAUAUAGCUAUCACAUUGAAAAAUUUGAAUCGAUAUCAAGAAGCUAUUUAAUGUUACAAUGAAGCAAUAUCUAUUAAUCCUAAAUAUUUCAAUGCAUGGAAUGGCAAGGGUAAUCUAUCAUUUAAUGUUACUACAUAGGUAAUGCAUUAUUCAAUUUGACUCAAAAUGUAGAAGCGAUUGAAUGUUACAAUGAAGCAUUAUCUAUUAACCCUAAAUAUGAUUAUGCAUGGUGCAACAAAGGUAAUUAAUAAUUCAAUAUUUAUAUUUAGGUAACACAUUAGCAAAAAUUGAAUCAAUAUCAAGAAGCUAUUGA